CUUCCUGUUCACUGGUUGCAAAACAAACAAGAUAGCGACGGACAAAAAACCUUUUAAUGAUGCUAAUAGUUUUCUGUGGUAAAAGAAGACAAACCAACAAGUUUACCAACUCAUCCGCUGAUUCAGAUCGGAGCGGCACGACUUAAAGGUUUGAAAACAACUUUAAAGACUUUCAAACUGUCUCUUUAGAAAUCCACCAAACAAACAGUGACGGUCCACUGCAGCACAGGAAUGCUGCCAUCAGGAAGUGUGUGUUUGUGUGUCCUUUCACUUCUAAAGCCCAGCAGAGUGGAAAACCAGUCCAGACCGAUCCACAGUAUCCCCGUCCAGACCUUGCAGGGUUCCAGACUGACCCCAAAAAACUGCUUAGCUUAGUAGCUGUGUAGCACAGAAUAUCAAAAACUGAACCAAAAGUUAACAUCAUAUGUCUGAUCAGAAUACUUAUUCUUCGAUCAGGUAGGUUCAAGACUUUAUUCUAUAGACAAAGUUCUUGUGCAGUUGCUUGUUUUUAGAAAACAUUUGGCAACUUUUGCUUUUUUUUUUUUUAAAUACAUGGGUUCAUAUUCUUCAACGUAAGGUGUUGGUUUUGUUAUCGGUGCAGAAGUUCAGGUAUUCUAUCGGUGCUAGUAUCUAAAAAUACGUCCAAAGACCAAAACAUUGGCAGCUUCAAACAGCCAGAACGAGUCGGUGUAAAUGUUGGGAAGAUGAUGAGCUUCAGCUCCGUCAAGACCUCCACACAAAAGAUUUACUCGUACGAUCAAAAACUCCUCCUUUGGCAACGCGAGUCGGGCAAAACACAUGAAAAACAGGUGUGAUCGAAUGUAAAUAACGUGAGAAAAAUGGCGAGCCGUACCAUAGGAAACCAAGGGUUUUGAGGGUGGCACGUCUCGGUGCGAUCGGCCCCUUAGACAACAUUUCAUGGUCUGUUGUGUCAUAGUUCUCUAAUGAGUCCUGUCUUUCGUCCUCUUUCUCUCAGGAAUGGUCCAGAAGUUGGACCAGAAGCUCCCCGUCGCCAACGAGUACCUCCUCCUGUCGGGAGGCGUUCGGGAGGGGGUGGUGGACAUGGAUCUGGACGAGCUUAGCGUCUACGCCCGCGGCACUGACUACGACAUGGACUUCACCCUGCUGGUGCCGGCGCUCAAACUUCACGACCGCAACCAGCCGGUGACCCUGGACAUGAGGCACUCGGCCCUAGGCCACUCCUGGCUCAGCCUCCGCCUCUUUGACGAAGCAACCAUCAACAAGUGGAAGGACUGCUGCACCAUCGUGGACCACAUCAGCGGGACCACCAACUACUUCUUCUCUCCGACACUGGUGGCCGACUGGUUCUACCAGUCCAUCUCCCUGGUGCUGCUGGAGGUGCAGAAGAAGCCGCAGAGAGGGAUGCCGCGGGUGGAGAAGGUGGAGAGGAACGGCACCAUCAUCUCCGUCAUCCUGGGCGUCGGGAGCAGCCGGAUGCUCUACGACAUCGUUCCCGUUGUGUCCUUCAAAGGCUGGCCGGCGGUCGCCCAGAGCUGGCUGAUGGAGAACCACUUCUGGGACGGGAAGAUCACGGAGGAGGAGGUGAUCAGCGGCUUCUACCUGGUCCCCGCCUCGUCUCACAAGGGCCGCAAGGAGAACGAGUGGCGCCUGUCGUUCGCUCGCAGCGAGGUGCAGCUGAAGAAGUGCAUCUCGUCCAGCCUGAUGCAGGCGUACCAGGCCUGCAAAGCCAUCAUCAUCAAGCUGCUGUCCCGCCCCAAAGCCAUCAGCCCCUACCACCUCCGCAGCAUCAUGCUGUGGGCCUGCGACCGCCUCCCCGCCAACUACCUGGGCCAGGACGACUUCUCGGCCCACUUCCUUCUGGGCCUGAUCGACGACCUGCAGCACUGCCUGGUCAACAAGAUGUGCCCCAACUACUUCAUCCCCCAGUGCAACAUGCUGGAGCACCUGUCGGACGAGACAGCCAUGCUGCACGCCCGCAAGCUCUCCUCGGUGCGCUCCGACCCCGCGGAGCACCUGCGCACCACCAUCGAGCACGCCAAGGCCGCCAACCGGCUGACGGUGGAACUGCAGUGGCGAGGCAGCACCAGCAACCUGCCGUCGCCGCAGUCCGACUCCGGCGGGGAGAACCAACCGGACGACCGGCUGGCCAAGAAGCUGCAGCAGCUGGUCACGGAGAACCCCGGGAAGUCCAUCUCGGUCUUCAUCAACCCGGACGACGUCACGCGACCGCACUUCCGCAUCGACGACAAGUUCUUCUGAGACUCUCUCCAAGACCUCUUCCUCUUCCUCCUCUUCUUCCUCGGCCUUCCUCCUCCUCACCUGGUGCCACGCCUCCUCUGAAACUUUGUUUUCUAACAUGUUUUUUAUGUUUCUCUGCCACAGAGUGAAGUGAGGUGAUCGUCUAGUUGUAGUCCGCCACAAUUUUUUAAUUUUUAUUUUUCUAUUCCCUUGCCCUCGUCCCUCCUCUCUCACUGUGUGCCCUGUGUCUUCUACCUGCUGAAUGCCUUUUUAAAUAGACCGCUGAAUAGCAGCCGUUGUUUUUAAAUCUGAAGGACGAGGUGAAAAUCCACCUUAAGAUGGAAGAAGCUGUUCCAGCGUUCCGGUACUUUUAAAUAUCAGGGAUCCUGGAAAUGAGACCAAGAUCCACAACUCCUGAAGACCCUCCUGUAGAUGUUCCUCCAGCCUGCAGUCAGUAAUACUGUCGCUCUGUAGCAGGAAGUCUGUCACAGUGAACUCUCACUAGAAACUCAUACUUUAUAUGUUAAUGACACUAAACAUGCAAAAAAUUACUAAAUGACACUAAAUUCUAAGAACUCUGCUUAAUAUCUUCUAAUAUCUAAAGACUUUGAUCUUCCACCAAAACGUUUUUUUUAACGAUUUACUACUUAACUAGUAAUUAAGAAUGCGUAUAAUGAGAUAAGUAACUAUGAGGUAGAUUCUCAUAAAUAUGAUAUAUUUAAGUCGGUACUAUUUCAUUUAGAAGCCCAUUAGUCUUAAAAUCACUCAUAAUAAUACAGUUAUUCAUUCCAAUAAUAUGACAUCAUUACCUCAUAUACUGUCAUAAUUGAUACAAAGUCAUAACUACUAAAUCUUUCUCGGAUACAAACCCGUUACUAUUACGAGACUUUCUGAGAAUAUUUAUCGUAAUAAAUCAAUGUUUUGUGCUAAUUUCUCUUAAAGUAAAUUAUGACUUGUGAUUAUGAGAAGAAUACAUGAGGACAUGAAAAAGUCAGAACCAUGAGAUAAAAGAAAUGGAAACUAGCUAAAGAUUUGGAUUUUUAGUUUCGUGAUUUUAAAAACAAAAACAAACUGUAAAACUCAAAUGUCUGCAGCAGCUCGGCGUCGCUCAAGAUUUCACUCAAAGCCUCCGAACAGCAACAAGAUUGUUGAACAGGACUGUACUGUUUUAAGAUUGUAUACAAAUUCAGGAUUUGGGGGAUGCCAAAUGGCACGGAGGCCUCAGUCCAGGAGUGAAGACGGAGAGUUCUGUCUGAAGGUGGAUUUUUGCCCCUCAUGAGGAAUGUCUUAGUCCCAUCGAGGGGACGAUGGUACUAACGUCUUAGAAACUAACUGUAAAUAGAAGGAAACUGUCUGAACACUGACGAAGAUGAAGAUGAUGAUGAUGUUUGGACUUUCUUCUCGUCUAA